GUAAAACGGAACUUCCGGUGAGAGCAGAAAAAAUGGUUGUGUAAAAGAAAUGAUGAGGAACAAUGCUAUUCCUGUAUUUUACCAAUAUUUCCUUUUAAUAAAUUGAGUUUAACGUUCUGUAAAAUUAGAAUAUUCAUUGUAUAUCCUCAGUAUUUAUCGCUUAGUGAAUUUCUCUUCGCCUAUGGUUAGUUCAGGGCUCAAUCGUACUAAGAAAAAAUAUGGUUGACCAAUGUCAAAAUCAAGACUCUGAUCAAAACUUCUCCGCAAAUGAGACUUGCGAGAAUGCAGAUCAGCCAUCAUUUACCACAAUGACAGUUCCUGGUGAGAUUUUUCUUUUACAAACAAAGGAUUAGGUAUAGCACAGUCUCUUUCAGCUGCACCGCGGUCGAGUCCAACAAAUUUUGAGCCGAUUCUCAGUGAUCUGAAUCAUUCAGAUCCAAAUCUUCUUCCUACAGGAACAAGAGGCCUACGUAAUUUAGGAAAUACGUGUUUCAUGAAUUCUGGCUUACAAUGUCUUUUUAAUAAUUCGAAUCUUACAAAGUUUUUUUUGGAAAAUUAUAAAUAUGAUAUUUGUUCACCUGAGACAUUGUGUGGCCAAUUUGCGCAUCUUGUAAAGAAAGUAUGGACCGGAUCAGGGAGCCUUUCUCCUUCAGAAUUUAAAAAAGUCUUGGGUCUUUCAUACGCUCAAUUUUUAGACUAUAGACAGCAUGAUUGUCAAGAAUUUUUGGCAAUUUUAUUAGAUGCUCUUCAUCAGCAACUCUUAGAAUUGCUCUGUAACUCUAGAACAAAUGAAAUAAAUUUAAUAAAAACCAGUGUGCCAAUAAGGUCUUGUUCCAGUAGAAAGUGCAGUAAUGACGAUAAUGAGGACCUCGAUUACAGUUCGCCCGCUUUUAAAAAGAGAAGAGAAACUUCACCAGAUAUUUACUCAAUGGCCUCUUCAACAAGAAAUAGCCCUUUUGUAUCUGGAACUUCGGAGUGUAGUGAUGCGCCCGAUAUUUCUCCCAAAGCUCAAGAUGAAUCUAAUAUACUUGAUCUCCAAAUGUUAAUCGAAGGGGAAACCAUGGAUGAAAGCGAUUGUAUAAAACCCGAAAUUGAUUUAGAUGAUCUCUGUAAGAAAGAUACAAAAACCUCAAAUACGAACGUCGAUGGUAUUUUAAACAUUGAUAAACCUAAAUCUGACAGCGAAAAGUUUGCCACAGCUGAUACUUAUUUAACAGACGAUCAAACUAUUACAAAGCUGGAUAAUGCUAACAUAACAAAGGAGGAAUUGACCACUCGAAAUACUAAUUUAACAUCUUGUGUUUAUGAAAAAUUCUCUCAUCUACCAUCAAAACAAUUGUUACCUGAUUCUGUUUUGGACAAAACGGACAACUAUGAUACUUGCAAGAUAGAAGAAGAAAGAAAUAAUACAAAGAGUCUAAGAUCAUCAGAUAGUGACAAAAAUGCUAGAAUGCAAGCAAAGAUGAAAGUGAAUACCGAUAAAAAUAUAACUAAAGUAAACGGAUAUUCAGCUCCUACGUCAACUGCUAUUGAUAUCAGUCAAAUAACUUCAACUCAAACAACACCUGAUAGUGCAAUUGGAAUAGAGGAAAAAGAAUACCAACCAUCCCAAAGCGAUGAUGAAGAAAUUUACAUACCAACAAAAUCAGAAAUUCAACAAGCAGAGAAUGACUGGAACAAGUAUUUACUUAGAAAUAAAAGCGUUGUUGUCGAUACGUUUCAGGGCCAAUUUCAGAGUAGGGUAAAAUGCAAAAAUUGCGGCCAUUUGUCUGUGAUGUAUGAGCCUUUAAUGUACUUGUCUGUACCUUUACCUCAUGCAAUGGAUAAACAAGUUGAAUUUGUCUUCGUUCCUCUCACUGAUAAAGGUUCACCGAUAAGACUCCUCCUAAAUCUUCAUAUUCAAGAUAAUGUCAAGAAGCUAAAAACAGCUUUAGAAGCUCUAUUGAAUUUACAAGAGAAUAUCAAAGUAAUCGUUUGUGAGGUAUUCGAUUUUAAGAUAUCUCGCGUAUUGGAUGAUUACGUAUUAUUGCGAAAUCUUAACGAUAUGUAUCGUUACAUAUAUGUGUUCGAAGUUUCAGUAGAUAAUGGAAAUGAAAAUUUUGGAAAUACUUCAUUCUCUUCGCCUAUGGCGGAUGAUUCCGUUUCUGCCACAGUGUCUCCAAUGAGUGCAGAUGGUGAAGAAUCUCAGAAAGAGUCUUUCAACUUUCCGUCACAGAGUAACACUCUUGGUGAUCAAGACAGAGAUAGCAAUUUAACAAACUGUUUUUCUUCAGUGGAUAAUGAAUUUGACUUUUUACCACGAGAAGGACGUAACUCACCAGUCGUUGAUACUUCAAUUGAUAAAACGACUUUAGACGUAAUAGAGCCAAGAGAAAAUAGUACUGUCUUCUGGCCUGAGAACUUUGAUAGAAUGGGAGGUGGAGGCGAUUGGUUGUCGACUGGUGAUACUAAAGGUAACACAUCUCGUUUCCCCAUGUCUAUCGAUGUAAGGCAGUGCACAAUAUGUUUGGAGGACAAGGAGAGUGACGUGCUCAGUGCACAUAGAAAAUGUCGCGGAAUAGUGUGUAGAGAAUGUUAUCAAAAUCUUGAAAGACAGUUCCACAAGUGUCCAGUUUGUCAAGUUGAUCUCUCAGUAGCAAAGGACGAUUUUGUUCCUGUCGCCGAAUUAUCGUCUAAUCCUUCUGAUAUUCAAGUUCUUCAAGUUCAUGUAGCAGUUAGAACUGAUCAUACAGAACCUUUUACAAAAGAGUAUCGGACUGCAUUAUGUGCCUAUCCUAAUUUGCUUUCUGUUCCCGCUCUGACUACUGGCCAAAGAAUACAUGAUCUGAUAAGGACUAUUUAUAAAUUCUCUGAUUCUUUAAGUUAUGAUAUUCUUAUUACGAAUAGAGAGCAUCAAAGUUGUUCUCGUUGUGAAGCCUCUUGCUUUGGUUGCUGUAUAGACAACAGUAGUCAAGACAUUUCAUUGUCGUCAAGAGAUACUCUCACUGUUAGGUUCACUGAUGAAUUACCAUCUUUCAAUAUCGUGGAACACGAGUCUUUAAGUAAAAGACGAAAGACGGAAGAAUUAACUAUCCAUUCAUGCCUAAGAGCCUUCAGUAAUACAGAGAUAUUAGAUGAAAACAAUCCCUGGUUUUGUCCAAAUUGUGAUAAAAAUCAAUGUGCUGAUAAGAAGAUAUCUGUCUGGCGAUUUCCUGAUACUUUAAUAUUACAUUUAAAGAGAUUUGUGUUUCAUGAUUUGAGUAGUACGAAAUUGGAAAAUAAAGUUAUUUUUCCUAAAGAUGACUUGGAUCUCACUGACUAUCAAUGUGGCCCUGUUGAUAAACCAAUGCAAUAUGAUCUAGUCGGAUGUGUGUGUCAUACAGGAGGUGUCAACGCUGGUCAUUAUACUGCCUUUGCUAAGCACCCUAUAACGAACUCUUGGUUUGAGUACAAUGAUGAAAGAGUGAAUUAUAAGGAACCUCAAGAUGACGAUUAUUAUAAUGCCUAUUUGCUAUUUUAUCAACGUCAAGGAAGCAGCCAAGACUUCACUGCUCCGAUGCACAAUGCUCUUCAUAUAUCAAACUCAUUUGAACUGUUGCAACAAGAACAAGACUCUGUCCCAACUAAUUCUCCUCUAACUCCAAGCUAUCAAGAGAGAAGAAAAGAGCCGGAGGAGGAUGACGAAAAGACAAAAUAUUGA